GGGUGUGGUGAUGUAUAAAGCAUCUUUGCCACCCAUUGGUUCAUCACAACAGCUCCACUGAGAUCGACUUUAGCCUCCAAUUUCCUUAAACUCCUCAAACUCCUCAGUACUGUCAUCACCAUGUCUGACAUCCAGAAAGCCAUGGCCCUGCUCAUCAGCAGCUUCGAUAAAUACUCUGGCAAGGAGGGAGACAAAAACACCCUAAGCAAGGAUGAGCUGAAGGACCUUCUUCAGAAUGAGUUUGGAGAAAUGCUUUGUAAAGCCAAUGACAGGGCAGCAAUAGACCGCAUCUUCAAGGACUUGGACACAGAUAAGAGCAACAGUGUGGAUUUUGGUGAGUUUGUCAAGAUGGUCUGCUGCCUCACUCAGAUGUGCCACGAGUACUUCGUCUCCAAAAAAUAAGGAUCCGAGCGCCACCUUGGGGCCAGCUAAGAGAGCUGCCCUUCUGGGACAGGGUGUGUCCCCUGACAGCUGUUUUGAAGGAGAUUUAAAUAUAAACAUAUGACAAUGAAGUAAAAAUUAUACUGCAAUGCAAAAUGAAAUAAACCUUUUUUCUUUCUCUCUCUCUCUGAAA